AUGGAUCGUGGGUGGGAGGUGGACCACGAGGAUGAUGAGACGCUUUGUAAAGAGAAACAAAUAGAAGUUCGCCAGCAAAGCACCGAUAACUGGUCCGACGUAAUAGAUCCAAUUAGCGGUACCAAAUUCACCGGUAACUAA